AUGGGAGACCUCUGCCACCAGCAGCCCCCCGCAGCCACCCCCCAGCGCAGCCGGAGGAAGGCGGGGGACGGCGCGGCGCUGCCGGGGUCCCCGCUGCUCCUCCUCCUCCUCCUCGCCUCCUCGAUGUCUGCUUGCAACGGUGCACCGAUGCCAUCCCAAGCGCUCAAGGUGGAUGAGGAUUUGCAGCUGUGGAAAGAGAUAGAUGAUGCAUGUUCUGCCUACCUGACCACAGAUUCUCAGCCUCAGGUGUCCAGUACACUGGAAGAACUUUGCUUUUUGGUCAUGGGAUUUCUCCAGAAACCACAGGGUGUAGAUGAAAAAGACAACACCAAAAGGUUCUUAUUUCAUUAUUCUAAGACUCAUGACUCAGGCAACUCAGACAUCAUGUCGUCUGUCCUGCAUCCUUUGCUGCAACUCGUUCCCCAGCUUAAUGAGAGAAGACUGAAGAGAUACAAAGUGGACGAAGAACUUCAAGGACCUGGAGGGAUUCAAAGCAGAGGCUACUUUUUCUAUAGGCCACGCAAUGGAAGGAGAUCAGUGGAUUUUCGCUAA